AUGAGACAACAACCACUCGGACAAUUCUUCAACUACCAAGUCAAGCAAUUCUGGCCAUUCCUCGUCGGUGCUGGUGCCUGGUCUGCUUUGAUCGUCAAGGUACAUAUGGGUAUCGAUGACAAAGCCAGAAAGGAAUCACGUAUGAAUCUAACAUAA